AUGUCUGGAUUUGGGAGGGGUUUCAGAAAACGUAAUUUGGUGAUGGCCUCACGCUUCUGCGAGGGCGCCAAGAUUCUUGACGAAACAUGCGGUACUACAGCACCACCUCCGGGCACCUCUUCAAUGGGUAAGACAUCUCUGCACGAGUACUUCAUCUUGGGAUAG